ACAACUGAAUAAACAAGUUUACCAUUAAACAAGUCAUCUAUUGUGACACAUCGUCUUACAGGAAAGAGGCGUUUGAGUAGUUUUCCUUCUAACGUAACACUAUAAUGGGGUCGUAUUUCGACCAGUUUGAAUACCAGCUCUCCUAGAACUGUUAAUUCUUUCCUGUCAUUAUUUCGUCCUGCAAUGGCGAGCGUAAUUGAAGAUGCCGAAACUUACCAGCAAUCAGGCUUAAUCGUACCUUCUUUUAAUCUCGACAAUAGCAAUGAUCUAGUGCCUCUAACUAAUCCUGCAUCUGACGUUUCAACUCUCAGACGUCCUAGCUCUUUGGGAAAUGCUUCUCGAGUAGGUACCAGUAAUCUAGGAACUAUUUUCCUUAUUGUGAAUGCCGCACUUGGAGCUGGAUUGCUAAAUUUUCCUAAGGCGUUUGAUCAAGCUGGGGGUAUUGAGGUUGCACUUAUCGUGCAAACAAUUCUUGUAAUUUUUGUGAUAGCUUCACUACUUAUCCUGGCAAAGUGCUCUGACGUAAAUGGUGCUGGAACAGUUCAGGCAGCUCUUCAUGGAGCAAGUGGAAAAAUUGGUCAGCACAUUGGUUCCUUCUGUGUAGCCUUGUACUCUUUUGGAACUUGCAUAACCUUUCUCAUCAUUAUUGGUGACCAAUUUGAUAGAGCAUUAGCCUCUUUGUAUGGACCAAAUUUCUGCAGUUAUUGGUACAUGCAAAGAGAGUUUCUUAUCCCUGCUUGUUCCACAAUAUUCAUUCUUCCACUCUGCUUCUCUCUGAGGAUUGAUUUUCUUAAAUAUGUUAGCCCCGUCGGAGUUUCAUCUAUCGUGUAUGUCGUUGUUCUAAUUGCCUACGAGUAUUUUGAAGGUGGUUACGUACCAGGACCAAUAAAAGAAAAUCCAAAUAGCUGGACAGACGUCUUCCUUGUAGUCCCGGUCAUUUGUUUCGGAUAUCAGUGCCAUGUGUCAGCAGUGCCCAUCUAUUCGUGCAUGAAAGAGAGAACAGUCAAGCGUUUCUCUGUCUGCAUGUCUUCGGCGAUCUUUAUGUGCUUAGUGGCGUAUACCGUUGCGGGAACGUUCGGCUAUCUAACUUUUGGUAGCAACGUUCCAAGUGAUAUUCUUCAAGCAUAUGACGCAUCCCAGCCUCAUGUCCUCGUUGCCAUUGUUGCAUUAGCUGCAAAAAGCUGCGCUACCUAUCCCAUCCUUGCGUUCUGUGGAAGGGAAGCGCUGAUGAGUUUAGGGCAGGAUUGUGGGUCGGCACCGUCGGGUAGCUCCGGUCAGCAGCGAGAAAAAUGGGGGCGUAUUCUCAUUUCCAUUCUAUGGUUCGGUUCCAGUCUCAUCUUGGCAGUGUUAAUACCAGACAUUGGUCAAGUAAUUCAAAUUCUAGGUAGCCUUGCUGCUGUGUUUAUCUUUGUUUUUCCGGGGAUCUGUUUGUUGCAAGUCACCCUGAGGCAAGAUCCUUCUAUGAUUCGCCGCAAAAAUCUUGUUUCGUGCCUUUUCGCUUGCAUCAUCAUUGUCGUAGGCGUUUUUCUCUUUGGACUUGUCCUCACCCAGGCCAUCAGGAUUGAUAUUGCGGCCUCAUCCUCCGACCAUUCGUCCCAUUUUCCUUCGCUAUGCAAUGUAACACAACUCACCGUGCUACGACUAGUAGGUGGUUAAUUCACCAUGACUAAAAUGUAGCUGUCUCUUCAACUUUUGUUUUAUUUCUGGUUCCGUUCGAGAAUUACAAUACACGUUUCUUUACCGAA